ACCUUCUUCGUCAUCAUUCGCUUCACCAUCCUCACAUCUUCCUGUGAAGUCAAUUUCUAGUGUUGCUGUGCGAAAUUCACCAGGAGGCGCUGGUAUCGGCGGAACCGGAAACAAGCACGCCACCUAUACGAACAAAUUAGAUAAAGUGAAGCACUUUAAUUCCAAAGAAAAGGCAAGAGAGAAAAGUGGCGUUAUGCCAUCAUCGGAUGGGUCACAACUACUUCCUGUAACGCUAGUGCCAAGUUCUGCAUCUUUUGCGCCCUCUAUGUCGACUCAAGAAGUUACUAACAAAACCGAUGUUGCGACAAAGAGUUUAACCAAAAGGACUCCAGGUGGCCGGUACUCGAGCGGUGUUAAACAGACUGUAACAAAACCAACCCCUCGUGGAAGGAGAGACGCUGGUGUAUCCAGAUUAAGCCAAUCAAAAGCCGGAGACGAAACUAGAUUAAACCAAUCAAAAGCCAGCUCCAGUAAUCUGUUUCAUCGAGAUGAGAGCGCGAGCAAUGGUUCCCCUUCAAGACCGAAGCCGAAAGACGGAAACUGUGACAGGAGUCAGAGAGGCUAUCGAACAGAAGUUUGCAAACAAGGCCAGGCAUGUAAGAGUAGUCACCCGGAUAACCCCGUCCGUCAGUCGAAGAUUUCGACGAACCUCACUCCAAGAAAUGAACGAACAAUCAAGACGGAGAGUUCCGGAAGUGUGGGUGUAGAUAAUAUGUGGAAAAACGGUAUUCCUAAACCAACAGCUGCGUAAAAGGAACCUCAAAACCAUCGAGAGACGACUGGUCUCACAUCAUCAGCGCUGCAUCUUCUAACACAGCUGAAAACGGGGAGUCUGGUGGUGGUGGUGGUGGCCACCUGCAA